ACUCUUGUCCCGAAGUCAGAGUCACGAAAAACAUCGCGUCACGACGGUCCUAGAACUGCAGCCGCCCUGUUGCAUUAACGUUGCGUGGCUCGAGCAACAACCGAUUGACAUUCGCACUUGAGUCUGGUUUUGGCCAGCAACCUGCGCCCUGGAGCGCAUAUAAACCGCUUUAAAGUCCGGACUCAGUGGACCGCGCUUACCUUGCAGGUUGAAACUUAAGUUAUAUUUGUUAUAAACGUCUAAACUGACGGGAGGAGUAUGUUCUUCCGGAGAGGGAGGGUUUGAAGAACGCAAAAAUGGAUAUGGAGAACUUUGGAUCUGCGUUAGAUAAGAAGGCGUCGGAGAUGACGGUGGUGGACGUGUACGAUAUCGCAGCUGUCGUGGGUCAGGAGUUCGAGUGGAUGAUCGACCGCUACGGAUGUGAGGCUCUGCUGCGGCUAAUGCCUAAAGUGGUCCGGGUCCUGGAGCUGCUGGAGGUACUGGUGUCCCGUAGCGCUGUCAGCCCGGAGGCGGAGGAGCUGCGGCAGGAGCGGGACAGGCUGAGGCGGGAGAGGGACGACCGGCAGGACCAGGAGAGGAGGCGCCAGCAGGAGCUUGAGUUGGUGGAGGACGCGUGGAGAGGUGAGAUCCAGGAAAUGCGCACUCAGAUCUCUCACCUGCAGUCGGAGAACCACCGGCUUCGGACCAGCUUGUCAAUCAAAGACAAGCCAAGCGCUGAGCAAGAGCCAAACGAAGAUGGGAAGUCAGAGAGGGAGCAGCAGUGGACCAAUAAGAUGACAGAUAUUGUGAACAAACAGAGACACGAACUCUGUGCUAAAGACCACAAGCUGUCUAAGAGGAACGAAGAGGUGGAGGCGCUCCAGGCCCAGCAGCUGAGGCUGAUGCGGAUGAACCAGGACCUGCGCCGCAGGCUGGCCGCGUUGGAGGGCCAGGGCAAGGCAGGCGUGCAGCAGAGGGUGGAGCUGGAGGCGCUGGCCCAGGCCAGGCUGCAGGAGCUGAGCUUGCGGCAGCAGGAGCUGCACGCGCUGCAGCAGCAGCUGUCCGGCCUGGAGGCUGAGCGCCGCGGCAUAGGGGGGCCAGAAAGGAGGGCGAGGGCGGAGGUCUCUCCGGCCCAGACCACGCUCGUGUCCACUCAGGUGGCCGUAAGCAGCAACAAGGCUGUGGAGGCGCCAACAGAGCCCAUCAGGCAGCCCUCACUGUGGGUGGAAUGCGGAGGAGAUUCUGGACUCCUGGCCGGUGUGUUCGAAUCUGAGCCACUGUGUCCGGUCUACACCUCCUCGUCAGACACAAGACCCCCAGGGGGGGAGGAGGAGGAGGUGGGGGAGGAAGAGGAGGAGGAGAAGGAUGUGGCUGCCUGCUCGCAGGCGGUGUCUGGGGGGGGUGAGGUCUCCCACGGUUCAGGGGAUGAGUCAGACACACGCUUCACGCUGCAGGAGCUGCGGGACGUCCUGCUGGAGAGGAACGAGCUGAAGGCUCAGGUCUUCGUGCUGGAGGAGGAGCUAGCAUACUACAAGAGUGAGGAGUCUGAGGACGAGGGGAUGUUAUUCGCUGAUCCAGAACCAGAUCCACCAUGUUCUGCCCCGGCGGCUCAACCAGACUCGGGGAUCAGGCGCCUGAUUUUCACGGCCAUCAUGCCGAUGGUGGCGGCCGGUUUGAUCCAGGACGACCCGACCUUGCUGCCCAUCAGGAGGCUGUGGUCCCUCGUAUGACCCAUCAAUACCAUCCAAACCGUCUCUUUUAAAUGUCAACCUCCUGUGGAAACAUCUCUCUACGCCAGGGGUUCUCAAAGUUUUGACAACUGAGGGCCAAUUUAGGAAUCCAAAAUUUGACUGUGGGCCGCCAAAGGAAAAAAAAAAAUGGCGGGAAACGCCACCAGCAUCCCAGUGGUCAAAAAAAACCUUGCACCGUGUACCUCCGGGAGUGAGGUCAAGUGAGGUCUAAAUAACGAAACUGAGGUUCAGCCUUUCAAAGUAAUGUACAGUCGGAUUAAAACUUACAAAUGUAAAAGGAUUUAAUUGAAAGCUAGAGAGAGUCGACUUUUCUCUUUAUAUUCAUUUAUUUUUGUUUAAAUUAAUAUUGAUAUAAUAAUAAAAAUAAAAAGGUUUUUUUUUCUUAUAUAAAACUUACAUAAUUAUCUAUGUCAUUACGGGCCGCCAGGAAUGAUUCCGCGGGCCGUCAUUGGCCCGCGGGCCGCACUUUGAGAACCAAUACUCUACAGUACACCAACCGCAUAGUGUUAAUAUGGUGGCAGCAAGGGCCAUCAGAUGGAAAAUGAACUGAUGUAUUUGCACUAAGAAAUAUAUUUUACGUUAGUGUAAGAUAUUAUGGGUUAAGAAUAUAACGGUUUCCCCACCCUGCACUCCUGCUCAACUCUGCCCUGCUGGAAUGUUCUUAAGAACACUAGCUGGCUGGAGGUUUGUGGCAAAGGGAACACAGCUCAUGACAACCAACCAACUGUUGACGUUAGGUGGAAGAAAUACCUGAAAUAAUAGGUCAAACUUAGGUCAUUGGUAAGGUAACCUUUCUAGAAUGUUUAGAAAAUGUCUUAGGAUUCAAAUUAUGUUUUAUGUAAGGGUGGGUGAUAAAUGAACAGAGUACUUUUGUUUGGGUGGAUAUGUCAUCAUUGAGUUGAACAAAAUAUUUUAAAUAUAGCCCUAUAGUAUUCAGAAUUUGAGAUAGCCUAUCAGAAUGGCUUUGGUCUAAUCCACAAAAUAUAUAUAAAUAUGACUUGUUGACCUAUUGAUGUUAUGCAUUUAUCAUCUGUAUCCUUGUGAAUAUGUACAUUUAUAAAUGAUGCAUUAAAUAUAUACUAUUUUUGUAUGUGG